GUGGUCUGGUGCGGAGCCGGGCGGCCGCAGGCUCGGCCAUGGCGCUGCUGCUGCCGCUGCUGCCGCUGCUGGUCUGGGCGGCGGGACCGCCGGGACCGCUGGGACCGCCGGAGCACUCCGAGCCCCCUCUGCCGGCCGAGCCCCCGGACGCGCUCUUCGCUGCCGGCGCCGAGGCGUACGCGCGGGGGGACUGGCCCGCCGUGGUGCUGCAGAUGGAGCGGGCGCUGCGGGCCCGCGCCGCUAUCCGCGCUCGAUCGGUUCGGUGCCGCCUGCGCUGCGCCAAUGCCACCGCGGUGGUACCGACGGAUGGACUCGAGCCGACUCUCCACGAUCUGCUGUUCUUUCGGGGGCUGCUGCGGCGCGCCGCCUGUCUGCGGGGCUGCGGGCCCACCCAGCCCUCCCGGUACCGCCUGGGCGAGGAGCUGGAGCGAGAGUUCCGCAAGCGGAGCCCCUACAACUACCUCCAGGUCGCCUACUUCAAGAUCAAUAAGGUGGCGAAGGCCGUGGCUGCAGCCCACACCUUCUUUGUGGCCAACCCCGAGCACGUGGAGAUGAAGCAGAACCUGGAGUACUACCAGAUGAUGGCGGGCGUCAGGGAGUCCGACUUCGCUGACCUGGAGGCCAGGCCCCACAUGACAGAGUUCCGCCUGGGUGUCAGGUUCUACAGCGAGGAGCAGCCGGCUGCUGCUGUCCUGCACCUGGAGAAGGCACUGCAGGAAUACUUUGUGGCAGACACCGAGUGCCGUGCUCUCUGUGAGGGGCCCUAUGACUAUGAAGGCUACAACUACCUGGAGUACAACGCAGACCUGUUCCAGGCCAUGACAGAUCACUACAUGCAGGUGCUGAGCUGCAAGCAGGGCUGCGUCACAGAGCUCGCCUCGCAGCCUGGCCGGGAGAAGCCCCUGGAGGAUUUCCUGCCCUCACAUUUCAACUACUUGCAGUUUGCCUACUACAACAAUGGGAAUUAUGAAAAAGCGAUUGAAUGUGCCAAAACAUACUUGCUCUUCUUCCCAAAUGAUGAGGUGAUGAACCAGAAUUUGGCCUAUUACACUGCUGUCCUGGGAGAAGACCUGGCCAGGCCCAUUGAGCCCCGAAAGGAAAUCCAGGCAUACCGCCAGCGAAGCCUCAUGGAGAAGGAGCUGCUCUUCUUCAGCUACGACGUCUUUGGGAUCCCAUUUGUGGACCCGGACACGUGGACACCCGAAGAGGUGAUACCAAAGAGGCUUCGAGAGAAACAAAAGGUGGAGCGGGAGACAGCGGCGCGCAUCUCCGAGGAGAUCGGCAACCUGAUGAAGGAGAUCGAGACGCUGGUGGAGGAGAAGGCGAAGGAGUCUGCAGAAAUGAGCAAGUUCAUCCGAGAAGGUGGCCCCUUGGUGUAUGAGGGAGCCAGCGUCACCAUGAACUCCAAAAGCCUGAACGGGUCUCAGCGCGUGGUGGUGGACGGAGUCCUCUCAGCUGAGGAGUGCCGGGAGCUGCAGAGACUCACCAACGCAGCUGCCUCGGCAGGGGAUGGCUAUCGUGGGAAGACAUCGCCUCACACCCCCAGUGAGACCUUCUACGGUGUCACCGUCCUGAAGGCCCUCAAGCUGGGCCAGGAGGGCAAGGUCCCCCUGCAGAGUGCCCACCUCUACUACAACGUGACGGAGAAGGUGCGGCACAUGAUGGAGUCCUACUUCCGCCUGGAGGUCCCGCUCCAUUUCUCCUACUCACACCUGGUGUGCCGCACAGCCAUCGAUGAGAAGCAAGAAGGCCGGAGUGACAACAGCCACGAGGUGCAUGUGGACAACUGCAUCCUCAACGCGGAGGCCCUGGUGUGUGUGAAGGAACCACCAGCCUACACCUUCCGGGAUUACAGUGCCAUCCUCUACCUCAAUGGGGACUUUGAAGGGGGAGCUUUCUACUUCACGGAGCUGGAUGCCAAGACGCAGACUGCAGAGGUGCAGCCCCAGUGUGGCCGUGCCGUGGGCUUCUCCUCUGGCUCAGAGAACCCCCACGGGGUGAAGGCUGUGACCAAAGGCCAACGCUGUGCCAUUGCCCUCUGGUUCACCCUGGACCCACGGCACAGUGAGCGGGAGCGCGUGCAGGCGGACGAUUUGGUGAAGAUGCUUUUCAGGACGGAAGAGGUGGAUUUGCUGCAGGAGACGAGCGCGGAGCAGGAGCCAACGGCUGCCACCAGCACUGCUGGCUUGCAUGCAGCAGGGAAGGACGAACUGUGACAAUCCUCAUGCAGGGUCCCAGCCCUGCCAGGGCCAGCACCACCAGCUCCACACCAUUUGGGACACAGCUGCAGCCACGCGGCUUUGGCUGCUCAGCCCCGGGCUGCAGGCUGGGCCCUACUUUGUGGUGUGGCAUGGAGAGCUCCAUGGCUCCGAGCGCUGCUGCGGAACUGCCACCAACCUUGAGAUGAGCAGCCAGACUUUGGGGGUGGAUAAGGGUGAGGAACAUGGGGAAAAGGGAGGGAUGUUUUUUAGAGUUGAGGACCCAGUGCCAUGGUAGCAGUGUGGGGCUGGGAGGGCUGGAGCCACACCAAACGUGCCUUUCUGCUUUGCUCUAGCCCACUCCCCACCACGGCUAUUUAAGUGCCUUCUGCAGAGGACUGGUGAAUAAAGGUGUCUUUUCCAAAA